AUGGCUGCAGUUGGCUCUACACUAUCUUUCCAGAUGGAGCAACACAAAGCUACUGUAGAGACAGUUCGCUCUCGCAUACAGCAUUUCUACAACACCAAAACCGGGUUCCGAGUCUACCAUGGCAGCACCAAUUCCACUCGCCAUGCUAAUUUCGACCGAGAUUCCAUUGUCGAUGUCAGCUCCCUCAACCACGUUUUAUCUAUCGACAGAGAGAAGAGAACAGCGCUUGUCGAACCUAAUGUCCCCAUGGAUGCCUUGGUCAGAGAAACCAUGAAAGCGGGCUUGCUGCCUCCAGUUGUCAUGGAAUUUCCAGGCAUUACCGUAGGAGGAGGUUUUGUGGGCACAGCAGGAGAAAGCAGCAGUUUCAAGCACGGCUUCUUCGAUCGUACUGUCCUAAGCGCUGAAGUGGUCUUGGCAGAUGGCACGCUUGUCACGGCUUCUCAGAGCGAGAAUCAAGGGCUCUUCGAAGGUCUGAGAGGUAGUUUUGGAACUCUCGGGGUACUCACAUUGGUGGAAUUGCAGCUCAUCCCUCUGCAAAAGCUAGUCGAGGUGACCUACCACCCAACGUUUUCCUUUGAGAACGCCACAGACAAGAUGCAAUACCACACCACCGACCAAAGGAACGACUACGUUGAUGGGGUCUUAUUCUCCAAAGGCACCGGAGUUAUAGUCACAGGUCGCCUCGUUGACGCAGAACAUACGCCUGGGCUACCUAUUCAACGAUUCUCUAGACCCUGGGACGAAUGGUUUUGGAUACGCGCGAAGGCGCUUGCAUCGAAGGGUAUUAUUACAAAGGAACUUGUUCCGGUAGAAGACUACCUGUUUCGUUACGAUCGUGGGGCGUUCUGGAUGGGCAUGUAUGCUUACAAGCAGUUUAUGGUCCCUUUUAUGCGGUUCACACGCUUCUUGCUGGACUACUUCAUGCACACACGAAUCAUGUAUCACGCGUUACAUGCCUCUGGGUAUACGGACCGUUUUAUAAUCCACGACAUCGCAUUUCCGGCGGCAAACACUGCAUCCUUCUUGGACUAUGCGGACCAAUCGUUCAAUAUAUACCCGAUCUGGUUGUGUCCACUGCGACAGGAUGGUAGAAGCUCUAUGGGACACCCUAAGCCGUUCGAGGGCCCGAUUGGCGGAAAGCAGAUGGGUGCAUACGACGGUAAAUAUAUCAGUGUUGGAAUCUGGGGUCCAUAUCCAUCCAGCGAGGUUGAGUAUGUCCGCGCAAAUCGCGAAAUCGAAGCAAAGAUGCGCGAGCUUGGUGGACUCAAGUGGUUAUACUCGCGUGUCUUCUAUACCGAAGACGAAUGGUGGCAAGUCUACGACAAGCACGAGUACGAUGCUCUUCGUAGCAAGUACAACGCAAAUUCCCUGCCAAGUAUAUGGGACAAGGUCAAAGAUAGGGGAAGGAAGGAGGAAUUUGGUCCAGGUCUGAAGGGUAUGUUGAAGCGGAUCGUGAAGAGCAAUGACCUGUUGAGUGGGCUAUAUGGCAUCUACAAGGCGGUCAAGGGCGGAGAUUACAUGUUGAAGAAGAAGGUUUCCUAG